CAUCUUCCUCAAAAUGGGCCUCUUCAAAAGCCUCUCCAUUUCCUCCUUGCUUCUCAUCACCCUCUUCUUCACCUCCGCCCAUGCAGCCAUUUUCAAUAUCCAAAACCGUUGUUCCUACACAGUUUGGGCAGCAGCUGUGCCGGGUGGGGGUAGGCGCCUCGACCCGCGUCAGUCCUGGAGCUCGACUGUGAACCCUGGGACAACUGGAGCCCGUAUUUGGGCCCGGACCGGCUGCAGCUUCGAUGGGGCUGGGCGUGGGCGUUGUCAGACCGGGGACUGCGGUGGCGUCCUCGAAUGCACAGCCUAUGGUGCACCCCCCAACACCUUGGCUGAAUUCGCACUUAACCAGUUCAACAACCUGGACUUCUUUGAUAUAUCCUUGGUCGAUGGGUUUAAUGUGCCUAUGGCUUUUAGCCCCACCUCCAAUGGGUGCUCCCGUGGAAUACGGUGCACGGCCAACAUCGUGGGACAGUGCCCCAGUCAGCUUCGAGCUCAGGGUGGCUGCAAUAACCCAUGCACCGUUUUCAAGACCGAUCAGUACUGUUGCAAUUCCGGGAGCUGUGGCCCUACAGAUUACUCAAGGUAUUUCAAGACUAGGUGCCCUGAUGCUUACAGCUACCCUAAGGAUGAUCAAACCAGCACCUUUACAUGCCCUGGUGGUACCAACUAUGAUGUUAUCUUCUCCAUUUUUAAUAUCCAAAACCAUUGCUCCUACACAGUUUGGGCAGCAGCUGUGCCGGGUGGGGGUAGGCGCCUCGACCGGGGACAGUCCUGGAGCCUGACUGUGAACCCUGGCACAACUGGAGCCCGUAUUUGGGCCCGGACCGGCUGCAGCUUCGAUGGGGCUGGGCGUGGGAGGUGCCAGACCGGGGACUGCGGUGGCGUCCUCCAAUGCACAGCCUAUGGUGCACCCCCCAACACCUUGGCUGAAUUCGCACUUAACCAGUUCAACAACCUGGACUUCUUUGAUAUAUCCUUGGUCGAUGGGUUUAAUGUGCCUAUGGCCUUUAACCCUACCUCCAAUGGGUGCACCCGUGGGAUACGGUGCACGGCCGACAUCGUGGGACAGUGCCCCAGUCAGCUCCGAACUCAGGGUGGCUGCAAUAACCCAUGCACCGUUUUCAAGACCAAUGAGUACUGUUGCAAUUCCGGGAGCUGUGGCCCGACAGAUUACUCAAGGUAUUUCAAGACUAGGUGCCCUGAUGCUUACAGCUACCCUAAGGAUGAUCAAACCAGCACCUUUACAUGCCCUGGUGGUACCAACUAUGAUGUUAUCUUCUGCCCAUAAAGCCUCUAUUAACUAUAGUAUGCAUGUACUCGCCAGUCUAAACUACUAGGGUGCUUUUGAGUCCAUGUUGAGAUGCAAAAGUCUUUGUAAGGAAUAAAUUUGAGCACAUGUAUGUGUACUGAAUGUGCUCAUGCAACAACUUUUCUACGCUAGUAGAAUAAAUGGAUGUUUUUAUGAA